AGCAGAUGAUGUUGCUGUUGAUAUCAAUGUGUCUGCUGCCGGCCUUGUGUGUGGUGUUGACAUCUGUGCCUGUCAGUGCAUGUUCAACCGAACAGUUUUCCUGUGCUCAGGGGACAUGUGUGCCUGAGGACAACUUGUGUGACUUCAUCGACAACUGUGGCGAUGGCAGCGACGAGGACGACUGUUCCCGAUAUCAACGUUGUAACUUUGAAGAGGGCUUCUGUGACCUGAUUGAAAGCUCAAACAUGAUUUCUGGAUGGACAAGAACCAGCAAGGCCCCGGGACUCGUACAUGAGCACACCAAUAAUCAAUCAGCUCAUUUUUUGAUGCUUUUACCUGUGGAAAGACAAAGAACGGUGGCAGAACUGAAGAGUCCCAUGUUCCAGCCGAGUCAGACCUGCCAGAUGAGUUUCUAUCAUUAUGUUGGGGCAAAACAUGGAGAGCUUCAGGUCCUAAUCCAAACUCAUGUAAUGGGUCAGAGCAUAGUAUGGAAGCGCUCACAAACACAGCUGGAAACGUGGCUGCGGACAGUGAUUCCGUUAUCCAGUGUGAACACUUUUCAGGUGGUCAUUCGGGGGGAACUCUCCGCCUACAGUGAAGCCUUGGAUGUCCUGGCCAUCGAUGACCUGUCCUUCAGUCACAGCUGUGUGACAGUAUCAAAGAGCAGUGUGCCCACUCCCUCUAUUUGCCCGCAUUUGUCAUUUGCCUGCAGCAGUGUGGAGUGUGUGGAGGAAAGCAAAGUGUGUGACUUCAUGUCACACUGCCCCCAUGGAGAGGACGAAGCCAACUGCCCCUCUCAGUGUGACUUUGAGACGGGGUCUUGUGGCUGGUCUGAGCUCACGCCCGGGGAUGGCUUUGACUGGAUCAGAGGUUCUUCAGUGGAGGUACCGCCAGACUACACAAGUCACCCGCCACCUCUGGACCACUCUACAAAUAGUACUGAAGGUCAUUUUAUGUUUAUAAUGAAGAACAGCAGCAACCUGCAUUCGACGGCUGUUCUCCGAGGGCCUUUGUUCCAAGAAUCUGCCCCUGGGUGCACCCUGUCUUUCUGGCAUUAUAAUUCAGGCAUUUCCGUUGGAGCCGCUGCCAUGUACCUUGAUAUCCCUGGUGUUGAGAACAAUACUAUCCUAUGGAGAACUUUGUAUGAUCAAGGACGCCGUUGGAACCAUGUCACUCUGCAAUUGGGGCGCAUCACUCAGCCCUUUCAGAUCACACUGGCCAAGAUCAGCCUUGGCAUUUUCAGUGGUUACUCUACUAUAGAUGACAUCUCCUUCCAGAACUGUUCAAUGCCCCCAGCUGUAAAGGAGUGCCCCAAGCACACACAUUUCCACUGCGUGCACACCAAGGCGUGCGUGGAGCACCUGCAACUCUGCAACCUUGUGGAUGACUGUGGGGAUGGCUCAGAUGAGGAGGCAUGCUCUCCAGAGCUGCAGUGUAACUUUGAGCAAGGACUGUGUAGUUGGAAACAGGAACAGAAUGGAGGAGAUGUGUUUGACUGGACCCGCAUGCAAGGUUCCACUCCAUCAUUUAACACAGGCCCAUGGAGGGACCACACAUUUGGCACCAACUAUGGUCACUACCUCUACAUUGAAGCCUCUCCUCCCCAGGAGUUCAAGGACACAGCUGUGUUGAUAAGCCGAGCAUUUCAACCCACCUAUCAACGUGACAAUGACCCAUCCAGAUCUCGCCGCCCUUGUGUUUUCCGCUUUCAUUACCACAUGUUUGGAUCUCAUGUCUUCUGCCUGGCAGUGUACCUCAGGACAACUGCUACGGGUCGAGGUCAUAUGCUGUGGGUACGGUAUGGAAAUCAGGGAAACCUAUGGCACCGGAAGACUCUGUAUCUGAACAGCCCUCGGCCCUUCCAGAUUCUCAUAGAAGGUACUGUGGGAGAUGAUUUUAAUGGCGACAUUGCAAUUGAUGACCUUUCCUUCCUGGACUGUGUCCCAUAUGAAGGCAAACUGCCGUCACUGAACAUCACGGCUCCUCCAGUGACCACCGUAGCUCCAACAGUUGAGCCCCAUAUAUGCCCCGAUGGACACUUUGCAUGUGGGACAUAUGGAGAGUGUGUUGAUGAAAGCAAAGUGUGUGACUUCAGAAGUGAUUGUCCGGAUGGCUCAGAUGAAAUCAACUGCGUGAAGGAAUGGUGUGAUUUUGAAGGUGGUAACAUUUGUGGUUGGAAGCUUGUUCACCCAUCUGCGGUCCCAAUCCAUGCAUUCCUCUGGAUGCCUGACCAAGGGGAAAGCAUUCAUGACGGAGAGCAAUACCACCGUCCUAUUAAUGACCAUACCCUGGGCAGUGCUCAGGGCUGGUAUUUGUAUGCAGACAGUUCAAAUGGAGGAUACGGUCACACUGCCGACCUCCAGUCACCAGUUAUCUCUUCCACUGGGCCACAGUGCACUCUGGUCUUUUGGUACUACAUGAGCGGAUUCACAGUGGGAUCACUUCAAGUGCUGCUGAAGUAUGGAAACAUCACACAUGUGGUCUGGUCUCAGAAUGGUAACCAAGGCAACAAAUGGAGACGUGGAGAAGUGUUUUUAGGCCUAUCAAACAACUUUCAGGUGAUAUUCAGAGCUAAACGAGGAAUCAGCUACAUGGGUGAUGUGGUGGUUGAUGACAUCAGCUUCCGGAACUGUUCUCCUAUGCUACUUUCAGGCCUGCCAUGUUCGCCUGACGAGUUUUCCUGCAGCAAUGGCCACUGCAUCCCCCAGGACAAUCUGUGCGACUUCAUCAACCACUGUGGGGACAACUCUGAUGAGGACCCCUACAUCUGCAAGGGAUUUAAUGGGCGCUGCAGUUUUGAAUUUGACCUCUGUUCCUGGCGUCAGUGCCAGCAGGAUGAAUUUAAUUGGCUAAUUAAAGCGGGCAGCACGCCAACACUUGGCACUGGACCAUCGAGUGACCACACCCUCAGAAACCCUUCUGGACACUACCUCUACCUGGAGAGCUCCUUCCCGCAGGCGGCUGGAGAUAUCGCCCGUAUAUCAGGACCCUGGCUGAGUUACAAGAGCAGACAGUGCAAGAUACGUUUCUACUUUCACAUGUCUGGAGACGGCAUCGGUACACUAGGUAUGUUUGCCAAAAGUAGAGAACAGCUCCGCCUUUUGCUGAACCUGACCGGAGACCAGGGCAACUUCUGGCAGAUGCAGGAGAUCCUGCUGAGCUCCACCCAGGAUUUCCAGGUCAUAUUGGAGGGUAAGGUGGGCCGAAGUUCCAAGGGUGACAUCUGCCUGGAUGACAUCACUUUUUCUUCAGGGUGUCUCCUUGCCCAGUCUGGUCCCAUAAUGGACAACACGCCUCCCCCUCCUGAAGGAUCCUGUCCUUCAGGUUCACUUCCUUGUGAAAAUGGUAGAUGUUACACUCCGGAGCAGAGCUGCGACUUCACAGAUGAUUGUGGCGAUAACACAGAUGAAAAGAAUUGUGGGACUUCCUGCUCUUUUGAGAAAGGUCGCUGUGGGUGGAAGAGCUCCCUGGCUGAUAAUUUUGAUUGGGCACUGGGUACUGGAUCUGUCCAACGUAUAAGACCCCCAUAUGAUCAUACUUUGUUGAAUGAAAAUGGUCAUUUUGUCUAUCUGGAAGCUACACCAGUGGGACUGAAAGGUGACAAAGCACAUAUUAGGAGCUUUAUGUGGAAAGAGUCGAGUGCCAUCUGCAAACUGUCCUUCUGGUACUAUAUUUCCCACAAGGCUACAGGAAUCAUCCGUCUGUUAAUCAAGACAGAGAACAAUUUGAGGGAAGUGUGGAAUAAGACUGGGCACCAAGGGUAUGAAUGGAACCAAGCUGAGGUCCCUCUGAGGAAGCUCAGGAACUUUGAAGUGAUCUUUGAGGGGAUCCGUUCCAUGGACGUGAGUGGGGGAGCCGCUUUGGAUGACCUGGAGUUCAUCAACUGUGCUCCAAGUGCUGAGGUGCCACCCAGCUGUCCUGCCAUCACAGACUUUGUGUGUCACUGCGGCCAGUGCAUUGAGUCCCACCUGGUGUGUGACAACAAGGCUGACUGUGCAGAUGGAUCUGAUGAGAUGGACUGUGGACACACUACUGGCCAACCAGGUGCCUGUAAUUUCAACGUGGAGGAACACCAAUGGGAAAACACAUGCCAGCUUUCUCAGGACACUGAUGAUGACUUUGAUUGGAAGAUUGGCCACCGGAGUCCAACACCUGGAUAUGGACCAGACAAUGACCACAGUCCUGGUGGUGGAGGAAAGUUCCUGUAUAUAUACACUGCCAUUCAGAGGGAGGGCGACAUCGCCAAAUUCACAACAAGGAAUCCUUUCCCAACAAGUAUUGGACUGUGCCACCUCCGCUUCUGGUUUUUUAUGCACGGUUCAGACCAAAUGGGUACACUGAAGGUGUACACCGUUGGACCCAGCGGAACCCGUCUGCUGAUGUGGGCAGCUACUGGGAACCAUGGAAACCAGUGGACCUACGCUAACGUGGUCUUGUCCAACACAGCACCUUUUAAGGUGACUUUUGAGGGAGAAGUGGGCGGGGACAUGUGGACAGACAUUGCCUUGGAUGACAUCUCGUACACAGCAGCUUGUUUCACAGGAGGACCAGUAACACCCCAGCCUCUGACCUGUGGUGUGGAUCAGUACCAGUGUGCGUACUCCUUUCAGUGUGUGCCAGUGACGUGGCGGUGUGAUGGAGAGCUGGACUGUGCUGACCAUUCGGAUGAAGAGGAUUGUCCAGCUGUGGUACCUGGUACCAUUCCUCCCCAGGACCGCUGUCCUUUGGGCUACUUCCAGUGUUCCAACGAUAGCUGUCUCACCUCUAUCAUACGCUGUGACGGAGUGCCUGACUGCCCUGAUGGAGAGGAUGAGUAUGGGUGUCCACUGCUGCAGUGCGAGCUGGGAGAACUGGUGUGCGACAGUUCACCUCACUGCAUCCCCCUGUGGGAGCGCUGUGACCGUACUGCAGACUGCCUUCCUUUCUACAUAGACGAAUCCAGCUGCUAUGACUGUCCUCCAAUGUAUUGCCUGGGACGUGGCUCAUGCUAUGUGGAAAAAUAUGGACCUGUCUGUAUGUGUCUUCCAGGAUGGACAGGAAACCGUUGCCAUGUGAGAGAGAAGCCAUCAUUCUCCACCGCGUCACCUGAACCAGAUGACAUGCAGCUUGAUUCUGUGUAUGCCGGCAUAGCCAUCGGAUUGGUGCUGCUGUUGGCUGGAGUUGCUGUUUGUGUCCUUGCUUUAUGCAGAAACAAAUGCAGUUCGAGAAAGCCUGACCUGAUGGACUAUGGAGUGAUGGAUAACCAAGCCUGUGACUGCAGUGCAGAGCUUCCAUCUCUGGAUGAAACUCCCGGCAUUGACCUCAGUAUGAGUGAUUUUCCAAGACUGUCCAUCAGCGUCUAUCCCUGGAGGUGGGAGGCGGAGCAGGGUGUGACCUGGAGAGAUGCCAAGCUGUCCUUCGCCAACCCUUUGUACAGUUACCCCACUGAUGGUGACGGCGCUGACUGCAGAUACUCUGAAGCUUAAAAACAGAAGACUUUACAUUUUGAGAUUGAAUUAGAUCAGGGCCAAACGGGUAUUUUAUGAAAUGUCUUCACCUGCUGAGGUGCCAGAAAGGGUGAGGGACAAAAUCAUAUUUUUAAGUGUUUGCUGUAUGUGAUCAUUUUUGUUCAAGUGUUGAUGUCAGGGUUGCAGACGUGACCAUCGUGAGCAAAUCCAAGUCA